UAAAUUAAUUGACCGAUCGCUAUAGCGAACGAUCACUAGUAGCGACGAUCUUGCCCCUCUAAUGUUCAGCGAAAUUGUGGCACGUUAAGAUAAGCGCAACUACAAGUAGGUAGCUGCAGGCGUAGGUCGCAGUGCUCCGGGAUCUAUCAAAUCUCGAAGCUACGCCGCAGCAUUCUUACAUCAGUCGUACUGCGCCGUUUCGGCGGAGGAAGUGCUGGUCCUCACGCUCGACUACAGUUCCUUGGGACUCAAAAAUUGAAUAUCUCUUUAAAAAGAGUGAAUCAGAACUUGUAAACUCGCCUUAACGGAAUUUCUUCCCUAAACAGUGCAGUAUUCCACUUUCACAACACCAUUCCAAUCAUGGGCGUGAGUCUAUCAGCAGUCUGGACGCAAAUCUUCCCACCCAAAGACCGCGCUCCAAUUACAGAGAAGAACUUAGGCUCACAGAAGGGCAAAGUCUUCAUCGUGACGGGAGGAAGCAGCGGAAUUGGCUACGAGCUCACCAAACUACUCUACGCCGCCGGCGCAAAGGUCUAUAUUCUUUCCCGCACACCAGCCAAUGUCGAUGCAGCAAUCCAGCGUAUAGAAGAAGCAUACGCUGAUGUCGACAAGAGUGACCUUGGAUCUUUGCAUUUCGUACCCUUGGAUCUGGAAGAUCUUGAGAGUGUGAGAGACGCAGCUAGGAGCUUUAAAGAGAAGGAGACAAGACUCGAUGUCCUGUUUUGCAAUGCGGGGCUCGCAGCUGUACCCGGGAACAAAAGGACAAAGCAAGGCAUCGAAAUGCACCUCGGAGUCAACACUGUAGCGCAUGUUCUCCUCGAAAGAAGCUUACUCCCAAUUCUCACGGCAACCGCAAAGGUUGCACCAAAGGACAGUGUGCGGGUAGUCUGGUCCGCGAGCAUUGUCGUAGACUGCAUGGCGCCCACAGGCGGAGUGCCUCCAUCUUUCCUAGAGACUCCAGGUACAAAUAUAGGCGUCAAAUACUCCAUCUCGAAGACGGCUGCGUGGUUCUCUGCCUCGCAGCUGGCAAGGGAACACGGAAGGGAAUCUGGUGUGGUUAACAUCGCUGGCAAUCCCGGGACGUACUUUACCAACGUUUGGAGGUUCACGCCAACAAUUAUUUCUUAUGUCUUCAGGUUUUUCAUGAGGGAUACUGUCUUUGGUGCGUAUACGUAUCUUUGGAUGGGAUUUUCAAACGAGGUGACGAUGGAAGCUGCGGAAGAGGGGAGGUAUGGGAUUUGCGACGGGAGGUGGCAUCCGGGGCAGAGAGAGGAUCUUGUUCUCGCGAAUUUAGCAGUUGAAGACGGGGGAACUGGGGAGGCAAAGAGAUAUAUGGAGUGGGUGGAUGAGAAGAUUGGACCAUUCCUAGAUGUGUGAUAUUAGAUCGAUUGGACAGAUAGCAUGGAGAGGAGAAGCAGGGAGGAAGGUUGAACAUUUUCCUAUUAUUCACUACAACAAUCAAGAUGUAGGACAGAAGGAUUGCGUUGGAGUUCUAUAGAAUCAAGGUGAAAUAACUGCAAUAACAUUAUUUGGCCUGCAUGAGCUGGAGCAAUUACAUGAAAUGAGAUAAA